AUGCUGCCACUGAGGCACUGUACUGACAGGCAUGGAACCUCUCUUCCUAAGCUAGAUAACUUGGUACCAAGUGGAAAAAUGAAGAUACUCCUGGUCUUUCUAGGUCUGCUUGGUAAUUCUGUUGCUAUGCCAAUGCAAAUGCCCCGAAUGCCUGGAUUUAGCAGUAAAAGUGAGGAGAUGAUGCGAUAUGGUCAAUUCAACUUUAUGAAUGCCCCACAUAUGGCACAACUGGGCCCCUUGUAUGGGAAUGGCAUGCCUCAGUUCUUACCACAGUACCAGAUGCCCAUGUGGCCUCAACCGCCACCCAACACGGGCCACCCACAGAAACCCUCAUCCCCUUCAGCACCCAAACGCCAGAAGAGCAAGACUGAUCAAGUCCCAGAGACUCAGAAACCCAGCCAGCCUCAACCAAAAAAGCCACCACCAAAGCGGCCUUUAAAGCAGCCACCACCUACCCCAGCACAGCCAGAAGAGGAAACCCAGCCACCUCAGGCAUUCCCACCAUUCGGCAAUGGGCUAUUCCCACCAUUCAGCAAUGGGCUCUAUCAACAACCACCCUGGCAACUCCCGCAUAGAGUGCCACCAGGUUAUGGACGUCCACCAGUCAGCAAUGAAGAAGGAGGAAAUCCUUACUUUGGAUAUUUUGGAUAUCAAGGAUUUGGGGGUCGUCCUCCUUAUUAUUCAGAAGAGAUGUUUGAACAAGAUUUCGAAAAACCCAAAGAAGAAGAUCCUCCUAAAACAGAGAGUCCGGGCACUGAGCCCUCAGCUAAUUCAACAGGUCCUGAGACUAAUUCUACUCAACCAAAUGCACGCAGUUCUGGAGGGAGUCAGGGUGGAAAUGACACCAGCCCAACAGGAAACAGUAGCCCUGGUACAAACACGGCUCAGAAUGGGGUUAUCUCACCCCCUACCAUUAAUGUUUCAGGCCAGGGAGUACCAAGAACUCAAAUCACAUGGGGACCAAGUCAGCCAAAUAUUCGUGAAAAUUAUCCAAAUCCUAACAUCCGAAAUUUUCCUUCAGGGAGACAAUGGCGUCCCUCUGGUACUAUCAUGGGGCACAGACAGAAUGGGCCUUUUUACCGAAAUCAACAGGUUCAAAGGGGUCCUCGGUGGAACUCCUUUGCUUUGGAACGCAAACAAGCAGUUCGUCCAGGAAGUCCAAUUUAUCGCAGGGCUUAUGCAUCUACUGCAAGAGGGAAUUCUCCCAAUCAUGCAGCAAAUCUGGGAAAUAUCAGAAGAAAGCCUCAGGAACCAAAUAAACACCCUGUGGGGACCAAUAUUCCUCCUCUGGGUCCCAAACAUGGUACUGUUGUCCGCAAUGAAAAAGUCCAAAAUCCAGGAGAGAAACCAGUAGGUCCAAAAGAAAGAAUAGUCAUUCCUACAAGGGAUCCAUCUGGUUCCUGGAGAAACUCUCAAGAUUAUGGAGUUAAUGAGCCAAACUAUAAAAUGCCUCGCCCUGAGAGUAACAUGCUAGUCCCAAAUUUUAAUUCUAUUGACCAACGUGAAAACUCUUAUUACCCAAGAGGAGAUUCCAGUAGAGCCCCAAAUUCUGAUGGACAAACCCAAAACCAGAAUUUGCCCAAAGGGAUUAUUUUGGAGCCAAGAAGAAACCCAUAUGAAUCAGAAACUAAUCGGCCAGAAUUAAAGCACAGUACAUAUCAACCUGCAUACCCUGAGGAAAUUCCUUCCCCUGCAAGAGAACAUUUUCCUGCUGGAAGAAAUACUUGGAAUCACCAAGAAAUCUCUCCAUCUUUUAAGGAAGACCCUGGGAGGCAGGAGGAACACUUACCUCAUCCUUCCCAUGGCUCUAGGGGAGGUGUUUACUACCCUGACUAUAACUCUUAUGAUCCCAGGGAAAACGCACCAUACCUUAGAAGCAAUACGUGGGAUGAGAGAGAUGAUUCUCCCAAUAAUAUAGGGCCACCCAGAAAUUCGCUGUACCCCAUAAAUACUCCAGAACUGAAAGAAAUUGUCCCCUAUAAUGAAGAGGACCCGGUUGAUCCAGCUGGAGAUGAACAUUUCCCAGGACAAAGUAGAUGGGGUACAGAAGAAACAAGCUUUAAAGAAGGUCCAACAGUUAGGCACUAUGAAGGUGAGCAAUAUACCUCAAAUCAACCAAAGGAAUACCUUCCCUAUUCCUUAGAUAAUCCGUCAAAACCCAGGGAGGAUUUCCCUUACGGUGAAUUUUACCCCUGGAACCCAGAUGAGAAUUUUCCAUCCUAUAAUACAGCUCCCACUGUACCACCACCUGUGGAGAACAGGGGCUAUUAUGUUAAUAAUGCUGUUGGACAAGAAGAAAGUCCUCUGUUUCCUUCUUGGAACUCUUGGGAGCACAAGACUCAAACCCAAGGACAGAAAGAAAGAAGGCCAUAUUUUAACAGAAAUUUCUGGGAUCAGCCAACAACUUUACACAAAAUGCCCCCGAGUCCACCACACCAGAAAGAGAACCAGCCCUAUCCCAGUAAUUCCCCAGCUGGGCUUCAGAAAAAUCCAACAUGGCAUGAAGGGGAGAAUUUGAAUUAUGGCAUACAAAUUACCAGGUUAAAUCCACCAGAGCGAGAACAUCCGGCUUUCCCAAACUUAAUUCCUCCAAGUUACCCAGCAGGUCAAAAAGAAGCACAUGUAUUUCACCUAAGCCAGAGAGGUCCCUGCUGUGCUGGUGGCUCCACAGGACACAAGGACAAUCCACUUGCUCUCCAGGACUACACUCCAUCCUUUGGUCUUGCACCAGGGGAGAAUCAAGAUACCAACCCUCUGUACACAGAAGAUAGCCAUACUAAACAUGCAAGACAUACCAUCUCCCCUACAAGCAACCUGCCUGACCAAAGAAACAGCUCAGAGAAAAGACUGCCUGGCGAAAGUCAAAACCCAAAUUCUUUUAGAGAUGAUGUGUCUACUCUGAGAAGAAACACACCAUGCUCUAUGAAGAAUCAACUGAGUCAGAGGGGAAUUAUGCCCUUUCCUGAGGCCAGUUCCCUUCAAUCGAAGAAUACACCUUGUCUCACAAGUGAUCUUGGAGGAGAUGGGAACAAAGUUUUGGAACCAAUAUUUGAAGGCAACCAGUUCAAUGAAAGGACUGUUGACCUUACUCCAGAACAGCUUGUUAUUGGCGCACCUGAUGAAGGCCCUGAGCCAGAAGGAAUCCGAAGUGAAGUGCAAGGAAAUGAGGGGGAAAGGCAGCAACAAAGACCAUCAAGCAUCCUACAGUUACCAUGCUUUGGCUCCAAAAUAGCCAAGUAUCACUCCUCCAGCACUGGAACUCCCUCUAGCAUUGGAAGGCAAGACCCAUUUGAUGAAGAGCCGAUUUUGCCUACCGAAAGUCCGAACUCAUUGUCUAGGUUAGCUACUGGGGCAGAGUUUCAGAGUAUAAAUGUAGACCCACUUAGUGCAGAUGAACACACUCCAUUUGAUCCUCUUCAAUUGGGGACCAAUCCACAGGACCACGUGCAAGACUGCUUACUACUUCAGGCCUAG